GUCCGAUUUUCGAGGAGUACUAACUUCCGGUCGACAAACGUUUCUAUUUCCUUAUCCAAAAGUUACUACCUCUGGGCUGCAAAAGGAAGCAGCUAACUUGGUUGCCGAAUUGAGUGGAAGCGAUGGAGAAGAUCGAUCUGCCCCUGCUGGGGCCCGCAGACCUCCCACUGUCCCUGCUGGAGAUGGGCUGUUCAGGACGGUUUGAGCUGGUGUCUCAGCCAAUCACAGGAGACCAGCCGCUGUGCCCACAGAGCACUCUCCCCCAUGGUCUUCCCCCGAUUGGCCCAGACCUGCAGACGGAGGUGGAGAGACGCUUCCUGCGCGACCCCGAAUGGCUUCCCAUACACAACACUGACUCUGCCUUCCAAAAGUUCCUAAGGUUGGCUCAGAGAGACAGGCAGGUGGACUCCCUCCUGCACUGCAGUGUGUCCCCCCUGCACUCCGGGCUCUCCGUGGUCCGAGAUCCCACCACGGGAAUGCUGCUGGACUUCACAGAGGUCUUGUUAGUAGAUACGGGUCUGUCCUCGAAGAACUCCCUGUCCCUCCAGCGUCCCCCUGGCCCCCCCUCAGAGAGCCUGCGAGGGAGCCACACCAGCUACCCCUUCCUCCCAGGAGGAAUGGAGGAGUUGACUCUCGACCAAAUCAAGAAGAGGACCGAAGCACAGGAGGAGAUUGACUUUGAGAAAGGUUUGCUGACGGUGGCUCCUGGAUUAAAGACUGGGAUGGACUUCAGUGAGAAAGACGCCAAGGUGUCGGAGGGUGAAGUCAACCUGCUGUCCCUCCUGUCCACCUUUGAUGACAUCAUCGACACUCACCCGGAGGGAGACGGAGAGGAGGGAGGGACGAGAGGUGGAGACACAGCCCAGAUACCCAGAACAAACAGCCUGGAGGACCUGGGGAUCAAGGAGCCGGCCCCCGCCGCUUCGCCAGCCCCCGGCCCCGCGGAGGGGAGGCGAAAUGGAGAGAAGGGGAAGGAAGGAGGAGAGGAGAAGGAGGGGGAGAGGAAGAGGUGGGCCGUUCCCGUGGACGUCACCUCCCCGUGCGACGACUUCUACAAGCGCAUCCCCGAGCCCGCCUUCAAGUGGCCCUUUGAGCUGGACGUGUUUCAGAAGCAGGCCGUUCUGCGGCUGGAGGCUCACGAGUCCGUGUUCGUCGCCGCGCACACGUCUGCCGGCAAAACCGUGGUGGCCGAGUACGCCAUCGCCCUGUCUCAGAGACACAUGACCAGGACGAUCUACACCUCCCCCAUCAAGGCACUGUCCAAUCAGAAGUUCCGAGACUUUAGGAACACGUUCGGGGACGUUGGGCUUCUGACGGGAGACGUGCAGCUGAACCCAGAGGCGUCCUGCCUCAUCAUGACCACUGAGAUCCUGCGGUCCAUGCUGUAUAACGGUUCUGAGGUCAUUCGGGACUUGGAGUGGGUCAUCUUCGACGAGGUCCACUACAUCAAUGACGCAGAGAGAGGAGUAGUUUGGGAGGAGGUGUUGAUCAUGCUCCCUGAACACGUCAGCAUUAUCCUGCUCAGUGCCACUGUGCCAAACGCCCUGGAGUUCAGCGAGUGGAUAGGGCGCAUUAAGAAGAGGCCGAUCCAUGUGAUAAGCACAGUGAAGAGGCCGGUCCCUCUGGAGCACUUCCUCUACACCGGCAACAGCACCAAGACCCAGAAAGAGCUCUUCCUGCUGGUCGACUCUGCAGGGAACUUCCUCACCAAAGGAUACUACGCCGCCGUGGACGCUAAGAAGGAGCGCACCAGUAAACACGCCCAGUCAUUCGGAGCCAAAAGCUCCUCCCAGAACACCACAGCCAGUCAGGACCGUGCGGUGUGGCUCUCCCUGCUCCACUUCCUGUUCGAGCGGCAGCAGACGCCAGUGGUGGCCUUCACCUUCUCGCGGUCCCGCUGCGAUGAGAACGCGCGCUCGCUGUCCUCCAUGGACCUGACCAGCUCGCAGGAGAAGAGCGACAUCCACUCCUUCUUCCAGAAGAGUCUGAGCCGCCUGAGAGGCGGGGACCGCCAGCUGCCUCAGAUCGUGCAGAUGAGAGACCUGCUGAAGCGGGGCAUCGCCGUGCACCACAGCGGCAUCCUCCCCAUCCUCAAAGAGGUCAUCGAGAUGCUCUUCUCCCGGGGACUGGUGAAGGUCUUGUUUGCCACUGAGACGUUUGCCAUGGGCGUGAACAUGCCAGCAAGGACCGUGGUAUUUGACAGCAUCCGAAAGCACGACGGGACGGGGUUCAGAAACCUGCUUCCAGGGGAGUAUAUCCAGAUGGCGGGACGGGCCGGCAGGAGGGGGCUGGACGCCACGGGGACCGUCAUCAUCCUCUGCAAGUCGGCCGUGCAUGACAUGGGGGACCUCCACGUCAUGAUGCUGGGGAAGCCCACAGUCCUGCAGUCUCAGUUCAGGCUCACCUACACCAUGAUCCUGAACCUGCUGCGUGUGGAGGCUCUGCAGGUCACCGACAUGAUGAGGAGGAGCUUCUCAGAGAACCACAGAGACACCCAGAC